AGAAUACCGAGAGCGUCCAAUUCCUCAGCUCUUGAUGACUACCUCAUAUCCAGAAAGACGGAUCGCAUCAGUAGCGGAAACGACCCGGGCCCGGAACUCGGAUCACUGCCUUCUUCUGGCCAUCACAACACCGCCACACACGCAGCCCGGAGUGAAAACCACCACUUAGAGCUGGCAGCCAAACACCAAGCACCGUCGCCUUUAAUGCAAACUCCCCCCUCCCCCGAAAAUCGAACCACCGCGCGUGCGAUCAUGUCCGUCGUCGGGUCGAUCCCGCUCGUCUGGCCGGUGUAGGGUAAGCAGAAACUGACGGGGCCCCACCCGGGAGCCGAGGCUAGACGGCUCGGAACUGCGGGAGGAGCUGCUUCUACCCCAGGAAUUGGCGCCGCGUCUUGGCCCCAUCCCCCCGAACCUGUUCUCAGUGGCCCCAAGCUCCCUCCCUCCCUCCCUGCGCUGGCGAGCCUCGGCUCCGCUACGUUAGUAGGCGCGGGAAGCACUUAAAGGACUUCGCACCUCCUCCGCAUCGGCCGGGACCCCUCGCCGGAACCCAUCUUAUUAUCGUCGAUUGCCGACAUACAUUAUUACACACCAUCUCUUGUUUGAACGUCUUUGAUUGUUUUGUGACACCUUUGAAGUGUCAGCCUGCAGCUUUCAGUUGACGAAUAGCAAGGAUUGCAUUGUCAUCGUGAAGUUCGAACCGUUGAGGUGUCUCACAUCGUUCGAGACGUCGAUCUUCCGUCAUGUCCGCCCGGAUUCCAGCCAUUGUGGCGCAUCGUGUCAGCGAUGAGGCCAAGCGGAUGAUUGAUGUGGUGGCCAAGUUUGUCGAGGAGGACUGCAUCCCGGCAGAUCCCGUGCUCGAAGCUCAGGUGGGCGAGGGCGACGCGCGGUGGGAGUCGCACCCGUCCAUCGUCGAGGAGCUCAAGGCCAAGGCGCGCAAGCUGGGGCUCUGGAACAUGUUCCUGCCCAAGGGCCACUACAAGGAGUCGCCCGGGUGGACCAACCUCGAGUACGGCCUCAUGGCGGAGUGGCUGGGCCGCUCGCGCGUGGCGUCCGAGGCGUGCAACUGCGCCGCGCCCGACACGGGCAACAUGGAGGUGCUGGCCAAGUACGGCGACGAGGCGCAGAAGCAGCAGUGGCUGCGCCCGCUCAUGGAGGGCAAGAUCCGGUCCGCGUUCCUCAUGACGGAGCCGGCCGUGGCCUCGUCGGACGCGACCAACAUCGAGCUCAGCAUCCGGCGCGAGGGCAACGAGUACGUGCUCAACGGCAGCAAGUGGUGGUCGAGCGGUGCGGGCGACCCACGAUGCCAGAUCUACAUCGUCAUGGGCAAGACGGACCCGGACAACAAGGACCCCUACCGCCAGCAGUCGGUGGUGCUGGUGCCGGCCGACACGCCGGGCAUCAAGAUUGUGCGCAUGCUCAAGGUGUACGGCUACGACGACGCGCCCCACGGCCACGGCCACCUGACGUUUGACAAUGUGCGCGUGCCCGUGUCCAACAUGGUGCUGGGCGAGGGCCGCGGCUUCGAGAUUAUCCAGGGCCGCUUGGGACCGGGGCGCAUCCACCACGCCAUGCGCAGCAUCGGAGCGUCCGAGGUGGCGCUCGACUGGAUGCUGAUGCGCGUCAACGACGAGUCCAAGAAGCCGUUUGGCAAGCUCCUGCGCGAGCACGGCGUCAUCCUCGAGUGGAUCGCCAAGUCGCGCAUCGAGAUCGACGCGGCGCGGCUGGUGGUGCUCAACGCGGCGGUCAAGAUGGACGAGCAAGGGCCCAAGAAGGCGCUGCGAGAAAUCGCCGAGGCCAAGGUGCUGAUCCCGCAGACGGCGCUGACCGUCAUCGACCGCGCGGUGCAGUCGUUUGGCGGCGCGGGCGUCAGCCAGGACACGCCGCUGGCCAACAUGUGGGCGGGCAUCCGCACCCUGCGCCUGGCCGACGGGCCCGACGAGGUGCACCUCCAGCAGAUGGGCCGCAACGAGAACCGCCGCGGCAAGCAGGCGACCGAAAAGAUCCUCCGCCAGCGCGCCAAGACGGAGGAGCUGCUGAAGCGGUACGGCGUGAAGACGGCGCAGCCGGGGACGCGGAUCCGCCACUCCAGGAUCUAACAAGAUCCAAUACGUGAAGCAGCGUGAAUAGGGCGGUCAAGUGAAAUGGUAGGCAAAUAAGCAAGAAAUCACGUCUGCC